GAAGAUAUCAACAACUAAAGAUCGGAGACAAAAUAUCGGAGAAGGCGUUAACGGAAUACGGAGUACCACAAGGUUCGGUUCUGGGUCCCUUGCUUUUUAUACUGUACAUAAACGAUAUUGUAGGAGUAAAAACCGAUGAAUCAACAGUAAAACUAUUCGCAGAUGAUACAAUGAUAUUUGUAGUAGGAGAGAGCGCAAAAGAAAUAGAAGCCAAAUUGCAAGCAGCGCUAAAUAAGUUGGAAGAUUGGCUAGAUGAGAAUAAGCUAAAAAUGAAUGCAAAUAAAACGAAAUAUAUGAUAAUAAGGAAUAAUAGGAAACAGUUAAGUAGGGAAAUUAGAGUAAACACUAGAAAAGGAAAUGAACUUGAAAGAGUAACAAUAAUGAAAUAUUUAGGAGUUAUAUUGGAUGAGCAUUUGACAUUUAAAGAACACUGUGACUACAUAUUGAAAAAAGUCGGAAAAAAAACUAGUUUCCUGAACCGAAUAGGAAAUCACAUAUCGGCAUAUACACGAUGCCUGGUAUAUAAAACGAUUAUAGCACCUCACUUUGAGUAUUGUGCUACAAUAAUGAUUAAUAUGGGGAAAACUGAGUUGGAAAAAUUGCAGAAGGCUCAGAACCGGGCUAUGAGAACAAUAUUACAAGUGAACAGAUAUACGAGAAUCAGAGAUAUGUUAGUAGCACUAAGUUUUAUGUCAAUAAAGGAAAGAUUAGAAUUUAAUGUGAGCGUCUUUAUGUAUAAGUUAGUUAACGGCAUGGUGCCAAACGAGCUGAGCAGUGGAUUGGAACUAGUGGGAGAUAGGAUGGGGGUGAGAACGAGGCAGGCGGAGAAUAUAAAGAUAGACUUUAGAAAAACAACAAGUGCACAACAUAGCUUAAUGUAUGCCGGGGUAAAAAUGUAUAAUGAUUUACCUGAUAAAGUAAAAAGUGCUGCAGAUCUCUUUAACUUUAAGAAAGAUAUAAAGGAAUACAUAUUAGGCAAGAGAUAGAUGGUAUACGU